AUGGCGGCCUUCAUCAAAGCAAUUAACGCGAAGAUUCGCUCAAACCCUACGACCAACUACCUAUGUUCUACACAUUUCUGGGGCCCGGCUUCGAAUUUCGGUAUUCCAAUUGCGGCCGUCAUGGAUACGCAGAAGAGUCCUGAACUGAUUUCCGGCCAAAUGACAGGCGCCCUUAUCAUCUACUCUGCGACCUUCAUGCGCUACGCGCUCGCCGUGCAGCCCAAGAACUACCUCCUCUUCGCCUGCCACUUCGUCAACGAGAGCGCGCAGCUCACCCAGGGGUACCGAUGGCUGCAGUUCCACAAGUGGGGUGGCAAGGAGGAGAUGAUGAAGCAGAAGGCUGAGAGCGGGCUGAAGGGGGUGGUGGGCAAGGUGGAGAGCGGGGCCGAGAAGGCGGUUGACACGGUCAAGAAGGCUGUGGGCAAGUAA